GUGGGACAGCACGGAUUGGACGGCUCUGCUCCGGACGGGCGCGCUUACGCACUCCGCUGCUUCCGAUGGGUGAGGACGGCGAGAGCCCCAAAAUCAAUCACAGCUUCCUCCGAGACUAUGUCACAGAAGCUGAUGUCAUUUCUACAGUGGAGUUUAACCAGACGGGGGAUCUGCUGGCCACAGGGGAUAAGGGGGGGCGAGUGGUCAUCUUCCAGAGAGAGACCGAGUCUAAAGGUGAAUCUGAGGAGCUGGGAGAAUCGGGUGAGUAUAAUGUCUACAGUACGUUCCAGAGUCACGAACCGGACUUCGACUAUCUGAAGAGUUUGGAGAUUGAGGAGAAGAUCAAUAAGAUCCGCUGGCUGCCACAGCAAAACGCUGCCCACUUUCUCCUCUCUACCAAUGAUAAAACGAUAAAGCUAUGGAAGGUGAGCGAGAGAGACAAGCGGCCAGAGGGCUACAAUCUGAAGGACGAAGAAGGGCGAAUAAAGGACAUCUCCACCGUGACCUCAUUACGGGUGCCGGUCCUGAAGCCCACUGACCUGAUGGUUGAGGUACGGCCGAGGAGAAUCUUUGCCAACGGCCACACCUACCACGUCAACUCCAUCUCAGUCAAUAGCGAUGGCGAGACAUAUCUCUCUGCUGAUGAUCUCAGGGUCAACAUGUGGCACCUGGAUAUCACCGAUCGAAGCUUCAAUAUUGUGGACAUUAAGCCAGCCAAUAUGGAGGACCUGACGGAGGUGAUAACAGCUGCAGAGUUCCACCCACAGCACUGCCACCUGUUUGUAUACAGCAGCAGUAAAGGCACGCUACGCCUCUGUGACAUGAGAGAGUCAGCACUCUGUGACAAGCACUCCAAAAUCUUUGAGGAGCCAGAGGACCCAGGCAAUCGAUCUUUCUUCUCUGAGAUCAUCUCGUCGGUUUCCGAUGUUAAGUUUAGCCAUAGUGGACGUUAUCUGCUCACCAGAGACUACUUGACUGUCAAAGUAUGGGACCUCAACAUGGAGAAGGGCCCAGUGGAGACCUACCAGGUUCACGAGUACCUAAGAAGCAAACUCUGCUCUUUGUAUGAAAACGACUGCAUCUUUGAUAAGUUUGAGUGCGUCUGGAACAGCACAGACAGUGUAAUCAUGACAGGAGCAUAUAACAGUUUUUUCCGGAUGUUCGAUCGCGAGACUGGUCGCGGUGUGACCCUCGAGGCAUGGCGUGAGAGCAGUAAACCGCGUGCCGUGCUGCGGACUCGCCGCGUUUACACCGGGGGCCGGCGUCGGCGGGGUGACGUGGGCGUGGACAGUCUGGACUUCACUAAAAAGAUUCUGCACAUGGCUUGGCACCCGGCUGAAAAUAUCAUUGCCAUUGCAGCCACUAACAACCUUUAUAUCUUUCAGGACAGGGUCAACGCAGAAAACCUGUGACAAACCUGUGUAAUGCUCUUCACAGGGCCACACAAAAAAAUCAACAUGCACAUAUAUAAAAAAAAAUUAUACUUUAAAACACAGAAUUUUGGACCUGUGGAGAUGGACAUAGUUGCCAAACCCUGAAAGUAAACAGAUGGACUUUGCAGUUAAGCUGUUCCAGGAGAGCAGUUAUGUAUAGCCAAUGACUUUAUCUGAUAACUGUUGGUUAAUUACACCACCAAGAAUGUUGCUGAUGAGCUACGGUACGUGGAAUUUACGAUCGACAUUACAGUUAGCCAAUCACGGACUGCUUUGAUAUGUGAUGGAUGGUGUUGUCGGCCAAUUCCUGACUGCGCUGAUCUGUGAUUGACAGCUAAUUUGGGCUAAAGACCAGGAAUGAGACCGCUCCACUCCUCUGUGCCAGGUUGCCAUGAGGACAGGUUACUCAUUUGCAAUGGUAACAAGAGUGCUCUGAGCAGUCUUCCUAUCACGUGCUUCCCAAAACUAUCCCACAAUGCAUCUGCUAUACGAGCACUCAUUUUACUUCACAUCGGAACAUGGAUGCCUAUACGACCCAAUCACUAUAUCUCGCACUUGGAGGAGGUUUAUUAAAUUCCAGUACUUGUCUCAUGCAUCCUAACGGAAGGAUUGAUCCACUACUUCAUCAGAACACUGUCUUAACCUGGUUACACCUCAUGAUGGGUUACAUUUACACCUGUAUGGUAAAAAAAAAAAAAAGAACAAGGGUAUAUCACACCACUAACAUGCUUUCAGAAAAGCCUCCUGCAGAUUUGUACACAGUAACUUACAUGCUUUAGGGUCAAACUCUGAUCUAGUCUCUGGUUACACAGAUUUCUGGGCUCUCACAGUGAAGCACUGCCUUUUUGUUUAUGAUUGUAGCUACUCUACUGAUCCCUCAAAAGGAAAUUUAAACAGCCAUGUUGGAAAUACAGAUGAAAAUAGUGACACAGGCUACAAAUCAGUUUGUUAAUUUAAAGAAUAUUCCGGUAAAUGCUUUACCACAAACAAUAAUUUUGACACAUAACUCUGUUUGUUUUGUUAAAAAAGAGUUGUAGAGUAAUGUACUUUCAGUGGAAGUCUGUGGGGCAUACUGAAGGGUAUAAAAGCAAAAUGUGCAGCUUGUAUUUUUGUUGAAAUGCUUAUUUGAGUGGUUCCCAACAUUUUUGACUCCAAAGCCUCUCAUUGUCCACAAAAAUAUCUAAAGACACCAUUAUUUUUCCAGUUGUUUGUAAUUUACUGGGUUAGGAUUUUAUAAAAAAAUUUUACUCACAAUUUAUACCCAAUAAAAUAUUUCAGCGCUUGGCAUGAUAAGAAAAUAAUGUAUAUUCAACAUAAUGUAUAUCAGCGUUUUAAGAUUUUAUUAACAUUACUUUUGCAGGUCUAGAAAUCACACUUUUAAAAUGAGGCUUCCUCAUAUAUGCAGGUUUUACAAAAAACUGUAGGAAUGCUGGUUCUUUGAAAGUGAAGAAAAAAAAAACUGAAUCAGUUUAUUUUAAAGGGGUGGUUGCUUAUGAUUUCACUUUUUUAACUUUAGUUAGUGUGUGAUGUUUCUGUUAGAACAUAAAAAAUGUUUUUUUUUCAUCGCUAAGGACUACAAAAAAGGCUGGUAGGGAAUACAACGAGCUUCUUCCCAGGUUUGUGACAUCACUAACCCCAAUUUUUACAUAAACCCUGCCCCCCGGGAACAUACAACUACUGUACGUAAUGGUAAGGUGGCGUGACGUUUCCAGUCAACGUGCACUAGACAGUUAGCAAAUCACAACAUACUGGGGCCAGCUAACCAAUCUGAACCCAAUUGUGUAUUUCUUAGGGAGGGGCUUCAUAGAACCAGAAACUCAACAGACUGUUUUGUCGAGAACAAAAAUAGCAGUGUAGAA